CAUUUGGCGAUAAGUCAUAUAAAACAAAUCCUAAGGAUAUUUAAUCCUGCUAAACUGGGGAAAAUCAAAGGCAUUAAACUAGACGAUCUAACCGGACCAGGAAACACCACAAACAUCAACUUCAAUCUUACUUGAAACAACAACAACGAAAUUCUCCUCGGCAAGACAGCGUCAUGUGGCCAUUUCUAAUUAUCCUCGUCAUCAUGUUUGCAGCAGGCAGAGUCGACGGCGAAUGUCGCGAAAUCUCCACAGAUGAUACCACUGAUGGUUUCUGUGUGUUAUCUAACAUGACGAUUCCGAUAGGAGGAACAGGAGAGAAGUUACAACCAGACUGUAUGGCGUACAGAUGUGACCGUGAAAACCUGAUCACCAUGUGCGGAUUGGGGUAUAAGGACGAGAACCAAUAUGCCCCUGGAAACCUGGACCCGUCCUGUAGAGCGACCAUGAACGAUGACUGCACUGUCACUGUUAACUGUCCAGACCAGUUCCCGUUCGUUAUUGCAAACAAAGCUCCAAACUUCACCAUUUCUUAUUAAACUACACAUAUAGAAAAAGACAAUUACAAAGACGAAUAUAUCACAAUAUUUAUAUUAUAAAAUGAUCUAUGAAAAAAUAAUAAAAAGUUAUAAAAUAAGUCCUACGCUUUAAAACUUCAACAAUAAAACCAAAAUUUGAACAACGUGAAUAUUGAUUUUCUAUUUCUUGAAAACAGAGGGAAAAGAAUUUCAUAAACAUUGAGUGAUUAUAGAUCGGUCAAAUUCGACAUUCGUUGGUAUUCCAGUGUUUCGCUGUCACUGCCUCGGUUUUCACAUUGAGAACGUGGCAUUUAUGAGAUUUUAUCGAUUUACAUGUCAUCGAUAAAUCAAAGGAUGAUUGACUAACUAUUCGGAAAACCAUGCCCUUAUUUCAGGUUGUCCAUGUUAGUCCAAGCUCAAGUUUCAUCGAUAUUCCUCAACUUAAAAUUACGAAGAGGAAAUCGUUACAGAACUUAAGGAAGAUCCCCCAAUUAAGAGUUUUUCCUUUAAUAGUGCUUUACAAAGGACAUUUUUAUGUUUAGUUAUUUCCUU